CGAGAGCUGAAUGACAUGGCUUCUCACCCAAAGGAAGAACAUUGUUACUUGCUCCACAGUUUUGCAGAGUUUGAAGCUUUAGCUCGCAGAGCCCUUCAUGAAGAUCUGCCUUCUGGUAGUUACAUUCAAGAAGACAUAUCCCAUUGCUCCUAUCUUUGUGAUGGGAAUGAAAACUGCUGUGAUAUCAUGGCAAGCUGCAAAUGUGGCACCCACACAGGGCAGUUUGAGUGCAUCUGUGAAAAAGGAUACUAUGGCAAAGGGCUACAGCAUGAAUGUACAGCCUGCCCAUCGGGAACCUACAAGCCUGAAGGUUCACCAGGUGGAAUUAGCACCUGCAUCUCUUGUCCUGAUGAGAACCACACCUCUCCACCAGGAAGUACCUCUGCUGAGGACUGCAUAUGCAAGGAGGGCUAUCGCUCUAGAGGCCAGACUUGCGAAGUGGUCCACUGCCCUGUGCUACACCCCCCCGAAAAUGGCUAUUUUAUCCAGAACCUCUGCAACAAUUACUUCGACGCUGCCUGCGGAAUCCGAUGUAAAACAGGAUUUGACCUUGUUGGAAGCAGCAUACGACUUUGCCAGCCGAAUGGCCUGUGGUCUGGUUCAGAAGCAACCUGCAGGGUUCGGACAUGCCCCAAGCUCUUUGCUCCUCAAAAUGGGCAUAUUAAUUGCUCACUAAGUGAGAUCUCAUAUAAGACUGUGUGCUUUGUGACCUGUGAUGAGGGCUAUGAACUGGAAGGCAACUCCAAACUCAUCUGCCAAGGCAAUGCCCAGUGGGAUGGGAAGGAACCAAAGUGUGUGGAAAUACGUUGCCCUGUCUUCCAGAAACCAAAACAUGUGACUGUUCACCCACAUAUUUGUGGGCUUGAGCCUUCCAAGUAUGGAACUGUGUGCAGGUUCAGUUGUCCCAAUGGAUUCCUUUUGUCUGGAGUUAGAGAAGAACUGAGGUGUUUAGCAACUGGGAGGUGGAGUGAAAAUGUAAAGACAGCUUUCUGUAAAGACAUUGAACCCCCCAAAAUUAGCUGUCCUGGUGACAUUGAAACUUCUACUCUUGAACACCAGAAUUCUGCAAACAUUACCUGGCAGGUUCCAGAUGCAAAUGAUAACUCUAGAGAUGAGGUGUCAAUUCAGGUUACUCCAGCUUUUAUACCACCUUACCUUUUCCCAAUUGGGGAAGUUGGCAUCACGUAUACAGCAGUUGACAGAUCUGGAAACCAGGCAAGCUGCACUUUCAGGAUCAAAGUUAUUGACGUUGAACCUCCAGUAAUUGAUAAAUGCAGAUCUCCACCACCAAUUCAGGUAGCCGAGAAAGAGUACAGAGUAACAUGGGAUGAACCACAGUUUUCAGAUAACUCAGGAGCAGCCUUAACAAUAACUAAAACUCAUUCACCUAGAGAUCUCUUUCCCAAAGGAGAGACACUGGUGCAAUAUACUGCAACAGACUCAUCAGGAAAUAACAGGACCUGUGAGCUCUACAUUGUCAUCAGAGGCUCGCCCUGUGAAAUUCCCUUUACCCCAGUGAAUGGGGAUUUUAAAUGCAUAGAAGAUGAGACAGGAGUUAAUUGCACAUUAUAUUGCAUGGAUGGAUAUGACUUCACAGCAGGUUCCAAUGAAAACUAUUAUUGUGCCUAUGCAGAUGGCAUUUGGAAUCCUCCUUACUCUACUGAGUGGCCUGACUGUUCUUUGAAUCGUUUGGCAAAUCAUGGUUUCAAAUCCUUUGAGAUGCUGUACAAAGCAACACGAUGUGAUGACAGCAACCUUCUUAAAAAUUUUGUGGAAGCUUUUCAGAGUGCACUUGGUAAAAUGGUUCCAUCAUUUUGCAAUGAUGUUGGUGACGUUGACUGUAGGCUGGAGGAUUUCCCACAGAAACAUUGCUUAGAAUAUAAUUAUGAUUAUGAAAAUGGCUUUGCAAUUGGUCCCGGUGGCUGGGGUGCAGCAAAUCGGCUAGAUUAUUCUUACGAUGAUUUCCUUGAAGUGGCUCCUGAAGUGGAACAACCCAAACCACUAUCAGAUUCUGUGGAUGUGGCACACUCACGGAUCAAAAGACACAAAAAAACGAAUGUGCCAAUGUCAGAUCAUAAAAUAAAGUUAAUUUUUAAUAUCACUGCUAGUGUACCACUGCCUGAUGAACGAAAUGAUACAUUGGAAGCAGAGAACCAAAAACGUCUUCUAAAAACACUAGAGACUAUCACAAACCGCCUGAAAAGGACUCUCAAUAAGGAUCCAAUGUAUUCUUUUCAGUUUUCUUCUGAAUUGCUUGUAGCUGAUACCAACUCACUAGAAGCUGAAAAGGCCUUCCUGUUUUGCAGGCCAGGCUCCGUCCUAAGGGGCCGAAUGUGCGUUAACUGCCCUUUGGGUACCUAUUACUCGCUGGAACAUUACGCAUGUGAAAGUUGCUGGAUUGGAUCUUACCAGGAUGAAGAAGGGCAGUUAGAAUGUAAGAAUUGCCCAACUGCUAGCUACACCGAAUAUCUCCAUUCCAGAAGUGUCUCAGAAUGUAAAGCUCAGUGCAAGCCGGGAACCUAUUCUCCAAAUGGCCUUGAGAUCUGUGAAUCAUGUCCUCUUGGCAAAUAUCAGCCUAUAACUGGAUCUAAGCACUGCAUUUCUUGCCCAGAAAACAUGUCAACAGUCAAACGAGGAGCUGCAGAUAUAUCAGCAUGUGGAGUCCCUUGUCCAGCUGGAGAAUUCUCUCGUUCUGGUUUACAGCCGUGCCACCCCUGCCCCAGGGACUAUUAUCAACCUGACCCAGGAAAGUCCUACUGCCUCUCUUGCCCAUUUUAUGGGACUACGACAGUGAUUGGUGCCAGAUCUAUAAUGGACUGCUCAAGUUUUGGCUCUACUUUCUCUGCAGCAGAAGACAGUGUAAUGAUGCCACUCGCGUCAGAAAGUAUCAGCAAGGAAUACAAAGUCAGCAGCCAGGUCUUCCAUGAGUGUUUCUUACAACCAUGUCAUAACAGAGGAACUUGCAAACAAGUUGGAAGUGGGUACGUCUGCAUAUGCCCACCAGGAUACGAAGGCUUAAAAUGUGAAAAGGAGAUUGAUGAAUGCAACUCAUCCCCCUGUCUCAACAAAGGGAUUUGCAAGGAUGGCACUGCAACAUUCACUUGCCAGUGCCAGCCAGGCUACUCAGGUUUACUAUGUGAAGAAGAUAUAAAUGAAUGCGGUUCAAAUCCAUGCCUGAAUGCAGCAGUCUGUGUUGAUGAGACCAAUUCUUACCGGUGCUUGUGUGCAGAAGGAUUCACAGGUACUCAUUGUGAAGCAGAGAUCAAUGAAUGUCUUUCAAACCCUUGUUUAAACAAAGCUAUCUGUGAAGAUCGGAUUGGAGGUUUCCAUUGCAAGUGCCCUUCUGGGUUUAUAGGUGCCUUGUGUGAAAAAAACAUUAAUGAAUGUCUCAGUCGACCUUGUAAAAAUGGAGCCACGUGCAAAGAUGGUAUCAAUGGCUACAGAUGUCACUGCAUCAAAGGGUACACAGGGUCCCAGUGUGAAGUGAACAUCAAUGAAUGUGAAUCCAAUCCCUGUGCAAACCAAGCAACCUGUGUGGAUGCCUUGAACUCAUACAUUUGUAAAUGUCUCCCUGGCUUUACAGGCAGCAAGUGUGAAACAGAACAGUCUUCUGGAUUUAAUCUGGAUUUUGAAGUCUCUGGGAUCUAUGGCUAUGUUCUGCUUGACAGUGUCCUCCCUUCCUUAAGUGAGAUCACAUGUGCCUUCUGGAUGAAAUCCUCCGAUACUACGAAUUAUGGGACUCCAAUUUCUUAUGCAGUGGAAAAUGGAAGUGACAAUGCAUUCCUGCUUACAGAUUACAACGGGUGGGUUCUUUAUGUGAAUGGGAAGGAGAGUAUUACAGAUUGCCCAUCUGUGAAUGAUGGCCAUUGGCAUCAUAUUGCUGUCACCUGGACAAGCAUCGAUGGGGCCUGGAGAGUAUAUAUUGAUGGAAAGUCAUCUGAUGGAGGCACUGGCUUAUCCAUAGGCACAGAAAUCCCUGGUGGAGGAGCAUUAGUUAUUGGACAAGAGCAAGACCAAAGAGGAGAAGGGUUUAAUCCAGCUGAGUCUUUUGUUGGCUCAAUCAGCCAGCUCAAUAUUUGGGGUUAUGUUCUUUCUCCAGAACAGGUGAAGUCCUUGGCUACUUCUUGUCCAGAGGACCUCCAAAAAGGCAACAUACUGGCCUGGCCAGAUUUUCUUCCUGGCGUUGUUGGAAGAGUGAAGAUAGAUUCCAGGAGCAUAUUCUGUUCCGACUGCCAGCCCUUAGAAGGCUCCAUACCUCAUCUGAGAACUUCAUCCACUUCUUUAAAGCCAGGAUCAAAAGUCUCCCUCUUUUGUGACCCAGGUUUCCACAUAGUGGGAAAUUCUGUCUUGCAUUGUCUAAAUUUAGGACGGUGGGCACAGCCUCUUCCACAGUGUGAAAGGAUUAGCUGCGGAGUGCCUCCACCCUUAGAAAACGGCUUUUACUCUGCUGAGGACUUCUUUGCUGGAAGUACUGUUACCUACCAGUGCAACAGUGGUUAUUACUUGUUGGGAGACUCAAGGAUGCCUUGCACGGACAGUGGGAGCUGGACUCUUACAUCACCAUCUUGUCUUGAUGUUGAUGAAUGUGCAGUGGGCUCGGACUGUGACCCUCAUGCUUCUUGCCUUAACACAAAUGGAUCCUACAUAUGCACCUGCGUUCACCCUUAUAGAGGAGACGGCAAGAAAUGUGCAGAACCAGUAAAAUGCAAACAUCCAGGAGACCCUGAGCAUGGCCACUCGCAUGGCAACAGCUACAAUGUUGGUAGCGAAAUCAGUUUCUCAUGUGACAAGGGCUACCAGCUGAAAGGAGUGAAUAAAGUCACAUGUUUGGAGUUCGGGGAAUGGAGCCACCUGAUACCAUACUGUGAAGCUAUUUCCUGUGGUAUCCCAAUCAUUCCCAAAAAUGGUGCAAUUGAUGGAUCCAAUUUUACGUAUGGUAGCAAAGUGAUCUACAGGUGUGAUAAGGGAUACAUUUUGAUGGGUGAAGAAAAUACAGUGUGUGUUGCCAGUGGCAAGUGGAAUCACUCUUCGCCAUUUUGUGAAUUAGUAAAAUGUCCCCUCCCAAAGGAAAUAGACAAUGGAAAGUAUACAAUGAGUGGCCUGACAUACCUUUCUAAUGUCUCAUACAUCUGUGAUACAGGUUACAGUAUGCAGGGAGCCUCCAUUCUUGUAUGUGAAGAUUCAGCUAACUGGAGUAGUUUACCUCCGGACUGCGAAAUUGUUUCUUGCAAUCUUCCUCCUGUCAUUAAAGAUGCUGUUGUUAGUGGAAGCAACUUUACCUUUGGAAACACCGUCACUUAUACGUGUAAGGAAGGCUACACCUUAAUUGGCCCUGAAACUGUGGAAUGUUUGGCAAAUGGCAAAUGGGACCUCAGUCACCAGCAGUGUGUGGCUGUUUCCUGUGACGAACCACCGCCUGUGGAUCAUGCUUCUCCAGAGAGUGGCCAUCGGCUGUUCGGAGAUGUAGCAAUCUACUACUGCUCCGAUGGAUACAGUUUAGCUGGCAAUUCCCAGUUACUUUGUAAUGCCCAGGGGGAGUGGGUGCCCCCUGCGGACAAAGAUGUUCCGGAGUGUAUAGCUGACUUCUGCGAGAGACCGCUGUCCGUGUCAUACAGCAUCUUAGAAUCCUUAAAUAAGGCCAAGUUUGCAGCUGGGUCAACUGUGAGCUUCAAGUGCAUGGAGGGCUUUGUCUUAAACACAUCCGCUAAGAUUGAAUGUGUUCGGGGAGGCCAGUGGAACCCUUCCCCUUUGGCUAUCCAGUGCAUUCCUGUUCGCUGUGGAGAACCAGCAAACAUCGCAAAUGGCUAUGCGAUUGGCACAAAUUACAGUUUUGGGGCAAUCGUAGCUUACAGCUGCACAAGGGGAUACUAUAUCAAAGGCGAGAAGAAGAGGACAUGUGAAGCAACAGGAAGUUGGAGUGGUACUAUGCCUACUUGUCAUCCAGUGUCCUGUGGGGAUCCACCUAAACUUGCAAAUGGAGAUAUUAAGAACAUUACAGGACGUUUCUUUGGAAGUGAAAUGAAAUACCAGUGCAAUCCUGGUUACCGGAUGCUUGGAAAUCCAACAUUAUUUUGCCAAGCCAACCGUCAGUGGCACAGUGAAGCACCUCCUACCUGUAUGCUUCUCAAUUGUGGGAAGCCACCUCCUCUCCAUCAUGGAUUCAGCAAGGGAGAAAGUUUUGAGGUGGGCGCCAAGGUCAUUUUUUUCUGUAAUGAAGGCUAUGAGCUGCUAGGAGAUCCCUCUUGGACAUGCCAGAAAUCUGGGAUGUGGAACAAGAAACAAAACCCCAAAUGUGUCCCAACAAAGUGUCCAGAACCACCGCUAAUUGAGAAUCAACUUGUCCUGAAGGAGAUGGCUGAUCAAGUAGGCGUGGUGCAGUUUUCAUGCAAAGAGGGCUUCAUUUUGAACGGUGCACCCGUACUGAAGUGUUUGCCAUCACAACAGUGGAAUGAUACUUUCCCUGUCUGCCAAAUGGUGCUGUGCCGUAGGCCUCCAUAUAUUCCUUUUGGGGACCCCGUGGUGACUUCUCUUCAUUUUGGUAGCACAGUGAGCUAUACAUGCAUGGAUGGGUUUUUGCUGAAGGGAAUUUCUACCAUUAGUUGCCAAGCAGAUGGUUCAUGGAGCUUCCCACUACCAGAAUGCAUUCCAGUUGAGUGCCCACAGCCAGAGGAAAUUCAGAAUGGCAUUGUGGAUGUACAAGGCCUUACCUAUCUCAGCACUGCACUGUAUAAUUGUAAGCCGGGCUUUGAGCUAGUGGGAAACAUUACCAUUCUUUGUGGAGAAGAUGGCCACUGGCUUGGAGGAAAGCCAUCUUGCAAGCCUAUUGAGUGUUCCAAGCCCAAGGAGAUCCAGAAUGGCCAGUAUUCGUAUGUUGACCUACACUACAGGCAGAUGGUUACCUACUCAUGUGACAGAGGUUUCCAGCUUGAAGGGCAGAGUGUCCUGAGUUGCCUGGAAACAAGAGAGUGGAACGCAGAAGCUCCAUCUUGCAGAGCUAUCAACUGUGAUCCUCCACAGCCAAUUGAGAAUGGCUUUGUAGAAGGUGCAGAUUACAGCUAUGGAGCUAUGGUGAUAUACAGCUGUAUUCCAGGAUUCCAGCUCUCUGGUCUUGCUAUGCAGACCUGUGAGGAAUUGGGAUGGUCGAGUGUUAGUCCAGUGUGCCUGCCAACAGAUUGUGGCCUUCCUCCCCAUAUAGACUUUGGGGGAUAUAUAACAAUUAGCAGUGAAGAAAAAAGUUUUGGCCAAGAAGGAAUAUUAGAAGAGGGUUUCCACAUUGCCAGCCCACCUCUUUUCUCUCUAAUACUUGAUAACCAGAAAGACAUGCAAAGUUCUUCCAAGGCCAUUAAUACUUUGCCAUUGUCAGGUUAUCUGUACAGCACGACAGUUUUGUAUAGUUGCUACCCUGGCUAUGAACUUUUAGGAAAUUCCAUCUUAUCCUGCCAAGAGGAUGGGAUGUGGAAUGGUAGUGCUCCUGUCUGCAUUCCCAUUCAGUGUGAAUUGCUGCUGUCUCCAGAAAAUGGUUUUGUACAUUUUACAGAGAACACCCUUGGUAGUGCAGUGAAAUAUACCUGUAACCUAGGGUAUACGCUGAUUGGCUCAGACACAAGGCUUUGUAUGUCCAGCAGGCAAUGGAGUGAUGCAGCUCCAACCUGUGAGGUCAUAUCAUGCAGAGUGCCUAGCAGGCCCAUGAAUGGCACAAUAAAAGGGGAAGUUUAUACUUAUGGGAGCACAGUCCAGUAUGACUGUGAACCUGGGUUUCAGUUAAAUGGUUCUGAUAAGAGAACAUGCCAGGCUGACCAAAAAUGGGAUGGAAAUGAGCCCAUCUGCAUUCCUGUUUCCUGUGGCCAAGUCCCCAAUUUAGAGAAUGGCCAAGUGACUGGAGAGGAAUAUACCUUCCAAAAAAUUAUUGAGUACAGCUGCAAAGAAGGUUUCCUGCUGAGAGGGGACCAGAAGAGAGUCUGUCUUCCAGAUGGAAGCUGGAGUGGGAGCCCUCCUGUGUGUAGAACAGUUCAGUGUGCUGUACCACAGCCACUUCCCCAUGGGCAAAUUAGUGGAUCAGAAUUUGGCUUUGGGCAGAGGAUUGAGUAUCACUGUGAUGAAGGAUAUGUAUUGCAUGGUGCAUCCUUACGGAUCUGUCAGGCGACCGGUACCUGGGAUAAAGAGGCUCCGUUCUGUGAGCCUGUCUACUGUGGACCUCCUGAGGACAUCUCUAAUGGCUUCCUGAAUGGUUCAGCCUUCGGUUAUGGGGAAUAUAUAGAGUAUGUGUGCUUUCCUGGUUAUGAGUUACAGGGAAAUCCAGUGAGGCAAUGUAUGUCAAAUGGUUUAUGGAGUGGCAGGCCCUCUUCUUGCCUGCCAUGUGAAUGCUCUGCACCAACAAUUCAGAAUGGAAUAGUUAAAGGUAACAAUUUCAGCUGUGGUAAGACAGUAGAAUUCAAGUGCCUAGAAGGUUUCAGACUGCUUGGUCCUUCAGAAAUCACCUGUGAAGCUGCUGGGAGAUGGAGUUCUGGCUUUCCACACUGUGGGCUGAUUUCAUGCGGCCCUCCACCGACAGUCCCCAAUGCAUUCAUUAAUGGGAGCAGCUCUGUGGAUCAGAAUACCAUCAUUUAUAACUGUGAAAUGGGCUAUGUGAUGCAAGGGAGCUCGGAAUUGACAUGCACAGGAAAAGGAGUCUGGAAUAAGCCGUAUCCAAGCUGCAUGUUACUGACCUGCGGGCCGCCACCUUCCGUGCCUCAUGCAGUUGCCUUUGGAGAGUCACAGGCCUAUGGGAGUAAAGUCCAGUACAGAUGUCUGGAAGGUUAUGUGAUGGAGACAGAAAUGGAUUCAUGCACCUGUCAGGAAGAUGGACACUGGUCCCCUGAUAGCAUUUCUUGUUGCCCAAAAAAAUGCCCCCUGCCCACAAAUAUAACCAAUGUAAUUAUUUUGGGUGCUGAAUUCACUGUGAAUAAGAGCAUUAACUUAUCAUGCACAGAAGGCUACUAUUUGAUUGGAACAAGCACCUCCACAUGCCAGAAUAACGGUAACUGGAUACCAUUAUUUUCAAGCGAUAUCUGUGCACCUGUCUCCUGUGGAAAUCCUGAAACUCCAGAACAUGGAAUUGUGGUUGGCAACAGAUUCAGUUACAAGGACACCAUUCUUUAUAAAUGCAGCUCUGGUUAUGAGUUGGAAGGUGAUGCAGAACGUAUCUGUCAAGUAGAUGAACUCUGGAGUGGAGCAACACCAGUGUGCAGAAAAAUCUCUUGCGGGGUCCCCGAACCAGUAGAUAAUGGAUCCAUUAUUGGCAAAGAUUUCUUAUUUGGCGAUGAAGUUCUCUACAGUUGUAAUCAGGGAUUUGAGUUACGAGGGCCAACUCGAAGGAUAUGCCAUGUUAACAAGAAGUGGAGUCCCUCAGCGCCUACGUGUGUGAGCAUAAGAUGUGAACCUCCCCCAACAGUUGAAAAUGCAUUGUCUAUAGACAUAGAAAAUACAUACGGUAAUAACAUAUCCUUUAUAUGUAAUUUUGGAUAUCACCUACUUGGACCUGACAAUAUCACCUGCUUGGCCAAUGGAUCCUGGAGUAAACCCCUUCCAUCUUGUGAAGAAACCAGAUGUGAAGAUCCAGAAUUUAUUGAGAAUGGGAAUGCUGUCUACGAAAACAAUACUAUUGGCAGCAGAGCUGCAUAUUACUGCAACAGAGGGUACAGCUUAGAAGGGGAGCCUAUUGCAGAGUGCACAGAAUCUGGAACGUGGAGUCACCCAAUACCUCUGUGCAAACCAAAUCCAUGCCCUGUGCCUUUUAUAAUCCCAGAAAAUGCCCUCCUAUCAGAGACAACUUUUUAUGUUGGGCAAGAAGUAUUUAUUAAGUGCAGAGAGGGCUAUCAGCUUCGGGGGCAGUCUGUCAUUACCUGUAAUCCUGACGAGGCGUGGACUCCGACUCAAGCUAAGUGUGAAAAAAUAUCUUGUGGGCCACCUGCUCAUGUACAAAAUGCUUUGGUCCGUGGAACCUUUUACCAAUAUGGAGACGUAGUGACCUAUUCGUGCUACAGCGGGUACAUGCUGGAGGGCUCCUGGAGAAGUGUCUGUGUAGAGGAUGGAACCUGGACAGGGCCACCGGCUUGCAAAGCUAUUUGUCGGUUCCCUUGUCAGAACGGCGGCGUCUGUGAGAGGCCAAAUGCAUGCUCCUGCCCAGAGGGCUGGAUGGGACGUCUCUGUGAAGAACCAAUCUGCAUCCUGCAUUGUCUGAAUGGAGGUCGCUGCGUGGCUCCGUACCAGUGUGAUUGCCCAGCUGGAUGGACUGGAUCACGCUGCCACCAGGCUGUAUGUCAGUCUCCGUGCUUAAAUGGUGGGAAAUGUAUACGACCCAAUCGGUGCCAUUGCACUGCACAGUGGCAUGGACAUGACUGCUCUAGGAAAAGGAAAAGUGGUUUACACCACUUUUAACUUCAGAGCGACCGCUGUGAACAUUCUGAUCAUGAUCCAGUGGCCCUUGGUACUACAGGAACUGUAAAAUCAAAUCCAGUGUGUUUUUGAAAACAAAACCUGUGUGUUUGCAUUUUUAAAUGUGUUUUUUUUUUAAAAAAAAAAAUGUAUAAUAUGUUCUUUACUUUUUUAUUUUGGA